AUGGCGCAGUUUAGGCAUUACUCUAACGGUACGUCGGAUCACGUAUCCAUCGGGAUUCGUGCAUCGUCGUCGUCCUCGUCUAGUUCGCAGCAGCAGAAGUCGGGUCGGAUUAGAAGAUUAGGUUACCGAUCCGACAAGAAUAGUCGGGGCGGGUUAUCAUUGAUCGGUGCGGUCAUUUUGUUUUUGUGCCUUGUCCUUGUUGUUACUGUUUUAGCUUACUAUUUCCUCUCCGCCGAUAAUAGCAAUAAUAACAAAGAUGUAAAUGAUAAUCGUGUUGAGGAUGAUGAGAUGAAAAAUGAUGAUUUUCUUGCAAAUGUUACACGUACUGAUACUAUUAAAGUUCUUGGGUUUGGGCAAGGUUCGUUGGGACAUGGACGGGAUUCUAGGUAUUGGGAUAGGGAUGAUAGGAGAAGGGAUGAAGAUUACAAUGAGGAUGAUGUUGAGCAUGAUAGCAACGUUUUUGGGGAUAGUGAAUCUAGUGAGAAGGGUCAUAACUUGGUGACAGUGAAGAAUGACAAGGAGAAGGCACAAAGAGGUGAAGAUAGAAAGGGAGUUGGGUUGUAUAAUGAAGAUGGGCGCAAAGAGUUGAAGAUGUAUGAAAAAGAGUACGAGGCUUCUUUGAAGAACACGGGAAAAUUGAGAAAAGAAAAUGAGAUAAAAAGUCCGUUACUGGAUGAUGAGGAUAAUAGGGAUCAGAAUGGAGCGGCUGAUAGUGAGAAUGAGUAUGAUGAUGGUAUAGAUUCUCAUGAUCUUCGUAUGGAGGAAUAUGAUGGUGAUUCUGAACAUGACAAGGAGCACCACUCCAGUGAAACAACAGUUCACGUUGAAGAUAAUAGGGAGUCUUCUAAUUUCCUUGAUGCUGAGACCAAGGAUCAAAAUAUUGCCAAGGAUCAAAAUAUUGCCAAGGACAAUCAGGAAGAUUCAAUGAGUUUGCUAGAGAAGGUUUCUUUGAAUUCUCAAAAUUCAGAUGAUGGUGACACUGAUUCUCACCAUGUCCAUAACAUUGGUGGACAUUCUACAAAUAAAUCCCGAUUAGAUCCAAAGAAAAAAAAGCGCCGCAAAUUUUCUGGUCCUGAAGGAUCUUCAAGUACAGGGUUUGAUUUGGCAGAAGAUGAUGAAAGUUAUAUAAGUAGAUGCCAUAUUGCUGUGAUCUCUUGCAUCUUUGGGAAUUCAGAUCGCUUAAGGAGAAAUCGGCCCAAUUUACAGAAGGGAAAACCUAAAUUUUCCACAUGUUAUUCUGUUUCUCAUUUGGAGUUUCCUGAUAUGUUGAAGCUUUGUUAUGAUGCAUUGGUCACUCGUUUAUCAAGGAAAAAUGUCUGCUUUGUAAUGUUCAUGGAUGAAGUUACAGUGCAAACACUGACUUCAGAAGGCCAUAUUCCAGAUACAGCAGGUUUUGUAGGUUUAUGGAAGAUUGUGGUGGUGAAGAAUCUACCGUAUGAUGACAUGCGGAGAGUGGGUAAAGUGCCAAAGUUGUUGCCACAUAGGCUUUUCCCUUCUGCAAGGGUUCCUACACUGGUACCAGCAGCAGCAUGGAAUGUUAUGGUAUAUUUUGCAUGUGGAAUGGUUCCCAUGACAAAAACUGUCCUGGAUGCUCAUAGGUAUUCAAUUUGGUUGGAUAGCAAAUUACGUCUUCAAGUGGAUCCUCUUCUAGUUCUUGAGUACUUUUUGUGGAGAAAAGGUCAUGAAUAUGCCAUUUCUAAUCACUAUGAUCGCCAUUGCGUAUGGGAAGAGGUUGCUCAAAAUAAGAGACUGAACAAGUAUAAUCACACUGUCAUAGACCAGCAAUUUGCCUUUUACCAGGCCGAUGGGCUGAAAAGAUUCAAUGUCAAGGAUCCGAACAAGCUUCUUCCCAGCAAUGUACCUGAAGGGUCUUUAAUUGUGAGGGCGCACACUCCUAUGUCAAACCUAUUCUCCUGUCUCUGGUUCAAUGAGGUUGAUCGGUUUACUCCACGUGAUCAACUUAGUUUUGCUUUUACAUACCAGAAAUUGAGAAUGAUGAAUCCUGGCAAACCAUUUUAUCUUAAUAUGUUCAAGGAUUGCGAGAGAAGGGCCGUAGCGAAGUUAUUUCGUCACAGGUCAGAGGAGAAGCGAAGUACUCUUCAUUAA